AUGGACUGGGAUUGUUUGUCUUUCAACGCAGCGACAUUUAUUGCCGGAGUGAUAGUUCUUGAUCUCGGAGCCGACAAGUUCAUUGAUCAUACUGUUGUGGUUGGCCGUCGUCUAGGUAUCCCUCAGACGCUCAUUGCAUUAUUGACUGCCGGCGCUGAAUAUGAGGAGCUUGCCGUGGUUGUUGCCGCAGUCCUGCAACACCAGACCCCAUUAGCUAUCGGGAAUGUGAUGGGAUCGACUAUCUCUAAUAUUCUUGGGGCUUUUUCUCUGGGUCUACUCUUUCACUCGGGGUCGAUUGAUUUUGAUUGGAGCGCAAAAUUAUACACUGUUGUUCAGUUUCUCAUCACGACAGUAUUCGUCGCGCUGGCCUACUUCGGGAAGCUCAAUAAAACAACAGGUGUUAUCUUGAUAGUUUUGUUUAUUGUAUAUCUCAUCACAAUCGCUUAUGCCAUCUAUCGUGGAGUCAUUGAUCCUCCGUCGCAGUGGGACAGUGAUAGUGAUAGCGAUAAUGAAAACGAUGAUGAAAUUGAGGAUUCUGAACAUGCAAGACCAGCUGCGUCCGAAACGUCGCCUCUUCUAAAUGGCGAGCAUUCCGGAAAUCUUCACGAGCGAACCAACACCUUCCGCUCCCUUUUCUAUCAUAUCUACCAGCUAUUGAUCGGGUUUUUAUUACUUUCAAUAUCCGGCUUCAUCCUGUCUCAUAGCGCCAACAAAAUCGCCGAAUACUUUAAUCUGUCUGGGACCGUUAUCGGUAUUACCAUUUUAUCAUUUGCCACUACUUUACCGGAAAAGUUUGUUGCCGUGAUAAGUGGCUCCCGCGGCCACAGUGGUAUCAUGGUUGCAAGUACUGCUGGAAGCAACAUAUUUCUCCUUACGCUAUGCAUGGGUAUUGUGGCUGUUACUGGAAUCCCAGAAGAUUCUACUAGUGCAUUUACGUUAUUUGAACUCGCAAUUACCUGGCUAUCAUCUGCCUUGCUUUUGUUAAUAGUUGCAUUAGGUCUGGGCCACUUGGCAGGUAUUACCUUGCUAGCUGUUUACAUUACCUUUUUAGUUCUCGAAUUCACUGUGUAUAGGAGAUGA